UUUCUGUCUUAUAACCUAAAACACCAGAACAAAACGUUGCCCAGUCAAAUGUCUGAACACGACAGCGGGUUUCCAACGCAAACCUUCCCCUCCGUCAGAUUUAAAGCUCUCGACUAUGUUUUUGAGACCACCACCAGUCUGAAGGUAAUGAUGAACUUACUGGCGCUGCCAGCGCCUUACGUCACUGGUACCAGUGACCUGUACCCGCACAGGGGCCAGCUGCCUGAAGUCACCUACAGGACACCGUGGAUCAGAGGAAAGGUGAUCUCAACCUGCAAACUCUUCGUCAGUGGCUCUGUGCUCGAUGACCUGGGACAAAAAAGCCAAGCAGAUAUUUCACCAGAAAGAUUUCAAGUGACUCUGAGUGAGGUGAAAGGGGAUGUGGAGCUGAUACCCAGCUCUAAUCCUGACUCACUGGAGGAUCUGGACCCAGAUGAGUAUGUCUGCCUUUUAAAAGAGACAUGGAUCAAUGAUACAUGUCAGGAAUCAUUUUUUAAGUGGACAGCUGAUCAGAUGAAACAUGGAAAGGAAAACAAAGAUCUUCUCCUGCCAGACGAGCUCAUGGUUGCUGAUUACCUGCCACACUUUAAGAGACAUUUACCCACGUUGAAAGCUAAGCUGUCCAGGCUGAGGACGCUUCCUGUGGCCGACCCUCUGCUUAGCUCAACGGGAGAUACCAUCUCUGAGGACGCCAUAUUCAGGCACCGCUGUGCGUCUUUCGAAAAACCUCCUGACGUGCACACCAGGGACCUUCAGACGUGUGCAAACAUUCACGAGGAGUUUGGUAAAGAGUCACUGAUGAAAGAAGAGUCUCUUUUGCUUCCUGUUGUCGUGGACACGGUGAAUCUGAGCCGACACAACUGCACCACCUUUUCAAGCAUCUGUGAUCAGAUGACCGUUGCUCCUGAACAGCUGGAUGAGCAACCUCCAGUCCUGGUUGUGCUUUGUAAAGAUGGAUCAGCAUCGGCUGACAUUUCCCGAUACGGAGUACCAGAGGAGCCCGACAAGAAAUGCAACAUAAAGGGAGGCUUGAUGGAGCUGGCAGGACGCCUGAUGCUUCCAACUGAAACGGAGCUGGAAGUGACUUUGACCCCGAGUCCCAAGACCAGCCGAACACAAAUAUGGCCGCCCAGCUGUGAACUCCAGAAGGAGGAGAUGUCUGUGAUCUGCGGAGGAUCUCUGGUGUCAGCGAGAGCUCAGAAAGAGAUGGAGACGGCACUUUGGAAGGCGGAGAAGCAUCCGACCUUCGUGGUGCGCUUCCUGUUGGCAGAGCCUCAAAUAUAUGAAGCAGCUGUCGACUUCCAUCCGCUGUCUGAAGCCUGGAAAGUCGUAAAGUCAGAGAAUCAGAGCUUUGUCAUCGUCGUUGGUGGCAAACUGCAGUCGGAGAUGGAGAUCGCGGCCCCGCCGCUGUAUUUGUGCAGCAAUAGAGAGUUCACAGAGAGCAUGAGGCCCGAGUUUCCCUCCACCACAGAGGAAAAGAUGGAGGACUUCAAAAAGCUGUCCCCUGAACACGUGGAGAUCACGUCCGUCCUGAUGAAUCCCACAAACAAAACUCAGUCGCCUCGUCCGAAGAAACGUGAAACGGCUGCUUCUCCUGCUGAAGCGACCGCCGCCGCCACCCGUCCUCGAGGGGAAACCGAUGCGUCUCAGAACGCCUCCCUGAUGCACGCCGUCAACACAAACCACCAGGAAGUGAAACCGGCACCCUUAAUAUUUUCUCACCUUGCUGCUACCGCCAGCACCAAAGAUGAGGUUUCAGAGGGGAGGUUUCUAGAAGGCGCAGGCGUGUUUUCUGCCCCUAAGAACGACAUCAACACAGGGAGCGAGACCGAGCAGAGUGCCGGGUCUGCCGGACGCCGUCACAGAUGUCCGCCGGUUACGAGACGUCCACCGGAGAAGGACCUCGACCCUCUGGCCACCUUCAUGAUGCUGAGAUCUCAGCAGACGGCUCCGGUUACUGAAGCGCCUCAGAGCUCAACUCCAGCACCAAACGCGGACCAACAAAAAACACCAUCUGAGCACCAUCAGCCUCCUCCAGCGCAGAUGCAAAGAUCAGAUCGGAGGCCGACGCAUAUGAGUGGUGCUGUGUCAGCAAAUGCUACCAGAGAGCAGAACGCAGCCGGUCAGGCGACGGGUGAAAUCGUUCCCGCUGUCCGUCAGUCCGUCCCUCAGAACCGACCGGACAGCAGAGUGCUACAAGUCCAGGCUACCGACAGCCAGCAGCGUGCCCACUGUGAGCUGCUGGCCUUCGCUCAGCCGUGUUUGAGCUCUGCCAGGCAGCUGGGGCUCAACUUUCCGGUACGGGGAGACUUCAGCUGCCUGGCCCCGGACCAAACGCACUUCCUCCUCAAACAGCAGGAGAAGGCGCUCUGCAGGACACACGCGCAGAGUGCCGAGCGGGUCAGAGAUCAGGAACUGCUUUUCAACCAGGCGGCUCUGAUUCAUGUGCUGGUGACAUUUAAGGAGGUGCUGCUGAAGUGUGACCUCGGUACUGCAUUGGAGUACUUGACCACGGCAGCGGCGGCGUGUGCAGAGCAGAGUCUGGAGCAGCUGGUGAAGAGGCUGCAGAUCGUCCUCUACCUCAGUCACGAGAACCAGGAGUCAAACCUCAAACUGCUGGAGCUGCAGAAGCUGCUGGCCUCGUGGCUGCACGGCAGAACAGGACAGAACACCAUGGAGAAAAUUCUCAUCAUAAUAUCAGUUGACUCUGACGACAUCAGAUCUCUGAUCAUCAGCAGUUUGAGCCACGUGGCCGGUGCUGCUGUCACAGCGGUUUGUCCCGAGGAUGACAAGAAUAAGCUGAAUGGUGCCAGUGUGGUCAGCAGCACGUGCGACAGCGUGUGCGUGGUGGCGUAUGAGCAGCACGUUGGGCCCGACUUCCCCUGGAGCUGUUUCUCUCUGGUGGUGGAGUACGACCAUCCGGGCCAGUCCCCGUGGGCCACAGUCUGCAGAGAGAGGAGCAUCAGUCACCUCACCUUCAGCACAAUCCUCCCCGCCACUGAUAAGCAAGAAGCCUCGUGGUCCCUGGAGGACGAGGUGCCAUAUGUGUUGAUUGUCACAGAGGGACUUCUCAACUGUCCACUGCUGCUGCAGACACUGGAGUCAGAGUUUGAUAUAACAGUGCUGGAGAGGAGCCACUGUCCAUCCCUGCAGAUGCUCGGAGGGACCCAUCACUACGCUGCCAUCACAGUGGAUGAAAGCACCGCUAUCAUCAUUCAGGAGGAGGAUGAAUUGUGUCAGGAGCGAGCCAGUGAGAGAGUAGUGAUGAGGCUGACCGCUCUCUCUUUGCAAUACAACAACUGUUGGCUCAUCCUGCACUGCAGAGACAUCCAGGGAGGAGGAUUUUCCACUGAAGCCUUCAGCAACUUGGUGUUGGUGUACUCGUCUCUGGUGCUGUUCGGCAUGAAGUCUGAGGAUCUAGACAUCAAGGUGCUGAUUGUGUCCGACGUGAUUGAAAUAGCCAAAUGGAUCCGCCAGAUCUGCUUUCACAGCCUGAUGGCCGGUGAGAAGGACCCGCUGAGCUACCUGGACAGAGACUGGCUGACUGUGAUUCCUUCACAGGAGGAAAAGUGUCUGUUGCAGUUCCCGUCUAUUAACCCUCUGGUUAGUCAGCUAAUGCUGAGGAGAGCGCCGUCCCUCCAGUGGCUCCUGGGGGCCUCUCUGCCUCAGCUGAUGGAGCUGCUCCCCGAGGUGCCACGUAAAGUCCUCAAGCUGUUCAAUGACACCACCUCCCUGUACACACAGACCACAGACCAGCCACAGUCUCAGACAGACAAUCCACUAAACAGCCCCUGGACCACCACUGCUGACCCAGAGCACAUGGACUCUGACCCACAGCAAGAAGCCCCCAUCAACCCCCAGCCAGAACUAUUCUGCAGUGACCACAACACCAGCUUCCUGUUCGCAGCUGAUCGCAGCUUCAGUGAACCGUACCCAGACUCGAUGGUGCAGGAGGGCAACACGGAUUUCAGACUCGACCUGAGUUCCUCCUUCGGCAGCCCAGAUGUUCCCCUCCAGGGGAGCUGGACCGGCAGUGAUCCGUGGAGGGAGAAGGCCAGAGGCAGAGAGGAGGGGAUGUUUUCUGGCUGGAGACCCAGAGCUGGAGCGGUGGGGAGAGUUGUCGGAAGAGCAAACGAUGAGUGGACACAGAGAGCUCCAUCAGACCUCAGUGUCGACACUCGCGGAGUCCAACUGAAGAGUCCUUUCAAGCUGGACUCCAUGUGGCUGCGGCCGCCAGCCAACAGUCAGAGCUGCACUUCCUCUGCGGUCUACGGUGACCUCCAGCAUCCAGACAUCCAGCACAACUCACACGGUCUGAGCCCACCCACAGAGGUCGCGCCGUGGGGUCGAGGUCAAAACGGAGACGACUGCCUCGCGAGUUGCAGAGAGGCACCGACGAUUUCAGCUCACUACGGCUCCAAAUGCUGGAUGGGACAAGAGAGGAAGAGGAGGGGCGAGGCUGCCGGUUUGGUUGGAACAGUGUUGACACCACUGAAGAGGGGGAGGUUGAGCUAUGAGAAGGUGCCCGGCAGAAGUGAUGGACAGACGAGGCUUAAAUUAUUUUAGUCAUGAACACUUUGUUCCUGUUCUGUAAAGACAAUAAAGUUUUUUGUUAGAUUCCAGUUAAUUGCAUAAUUUAAGCUUCUGAGGUUUUAUUCAUGUUAUGUGGUGUUUUAUUUUUGCCUGGUUAGUCUGCACAAUAGUUUCUUUUGUAAGUUUCCCCAUUUUUACAUUAUGGAUAAAAUGUCUAUAUUGUAGGCAUAUAUUCUCUUAUUAAUGAGCACCAGUGCUCCUUUCUUGAUAUCUUCUAAAACCAGCUGUGUUGAGAGGAAAAAAAAUAAAUAAUAUUUAAUAAUUUUUCAUCUAAUAGUUUGUUAAUAUAAAAUACUGAUUAUUUUGAUAAUAUUUGGUUUUCUACUAGCUUAUUGUUAUAGUAUUUAUUCUGAGUCGUUUGGAGACUUUUAUGCUUGAAUUUCAACACACUUGUUUUUCAUUUUCUGUAUAUUUGGAAUAAUCUGUAUUAUUAGGCAUUCAGAACUGGAUUCUGGUGUAUGAACGGAUAAUAAAUGCCAUUAUAACACAGUUGUAGUAUUAUUAAAUGUUGAAAAUACUUCACAUUAAUAAACAGUUGAAAUGCCUU